CGAAGGGAAGGGCGACCGCCAUGGCAAUCAAAUUGGUUUGUAUGCUUCUCAUAGCGGGUGUUCUUGGUAGUGGGAGUGCUGCAAUUUCAAAAAAGAAAAGACUGUUUAGUGUUAAACAUGUCAGCUGCAACUGUGSGUUCAACACAAGACUCAURCUGUCUUUAUUAGUAAGCAUGAACAGAAAACUCRACAAGUGUUUGGCUAACAAAGGAAACAACAAGAAAGUGCCUAAGAACUGCUUGGAGAUUUUGUCAAAAGGCGACAGGAAAAGUGGUGUGUACGAAAUCAAGCCUGAUCACAAAAGCUCCUUCCAGGUUUACUGCGAYCAAGAGACACAAGGCGGCGGAUGGGUWGUUAUACAGAGGCGAAAGGACGGAUCAGUUAACUUCUAUAGAAACUGGAAAGACUAUAAAGAUGGUUUUGGUCACCUUGAKGGCGAGUUUUGGUUGGGUCUAGAUAAAAUCCAUCGACUAACCAACCAGGCAAAGAACGAACUGCGUGUUGAACUGGAAGAUACUGGAGGGAAAACGGCUUAUGCAGAUUACAAGCUUUUUUCYGUAGCCAACGAAAACUUGAAAUAUAAACUGACUGUUGGYGGAUAUUCAGGAACUGCUGGAGAUUCUCUAAAAUACCACAAUGGCCAGUCAUUUACUACUAAAGACCGCGACAAUGACGCCUACAACGGUAACUGUGCUACAUUGUACAAGGGUGCUUGGUGGUACAAAUCAUGCCAUCACUCGAAUCUAAAUGGCCUGUACAAACCUGGUAGUCACCGGUCAUACGGUGAUGGCAUCAACUGGUAUACCUGGAAGGGCUACCACUACUCAGCCAAGAGAGCGGAAAUGAAAAUAAGACCUGAGAAUAAGAACUAAAUUUUUUCUCUUUCUGGUAGAUCUUUUUGCAUGAUGUUCCAAAAGAAAAUAUAAGCUUUUGUAUACAAAUACUUAAGAUAACAAUAUGCAUCUUUAUAUACAUCUUUAUUUUCAG